AAAUUUUAACUGCUGCUGAGUUCAAGGAACUUGUACAGGCUGAGGAUAAUUCAAAGCCUCUCAUAGUGUUUUGUACCACAACUACCUUUGGUGAUCUGCUCCAACAAACAGACCACAAAACUCUCCUAGUCAUCAAUGAGCAUGGCAUGCUAUUUAACAAAGAUCCUCCUGCACCUGCUUGGCUUCCUAUCUUGGACCCCCUGAUGACCCUUACCUUUUGGGUGGAGAGUGCUGCAGGAACACAUGUGGUCUUGUCUGGCAUGGCACAUGCAAAGUUUGAGAGGAUGUACUUGAGAAAUAGCAUGCAAAGUUGGAUUGAAUUUGUUGGUCCACUAUCCAAGGAUGUUUUUGACAGGCUGCUGGGACUGCAUCCUUUCCUAGGGAAACCAAUUAUUGCAUUAAAGGUGAAGGUUGUUAACUGUGUUCCAUCUCCAUAA